AUGGCAGAUGAUGAAGGAGAAGCAACGGAUACAGUACGGGUGAAAUAUCCGCUCACCGUGCAGUACUGUGGAGUAUGCAGUAUGCCGCUUGAAUAUUGCGAAUACAGUGGAAUGACUGAUAAAUGUUUAAGUUGGCUAGAAGCUAACUUACCAUCCGAGUUCGAGAAAUUGAAUGUGGCAGAUCGGAAAGAGUCAACAGAUGCCGAAAAAAAACAUCAAAAACGAGGUGGCAAGGGUUCCAAAAUUGUAAGCGAAAAAAAUGCAGCAGUAAAAAAGAAUGUGAUAACAAAAGUUACAUUACAACGAGUAGCUCGUGGAAAAAACAAAUUUGUUACAGUAAUUAAAGGACUAGCUUCAUUUGAUGUGGAUUUGAAAGCUACCGCUAAAUUAUUUGCUGGACGUUUUGCAUGUGGUUCAUCAGUAACAGCAGCUGAUGAAAUAGUGGUGCAGGGUGAUGUAAAGGAUGAAAUACUGGAGAUAAUAGGAACAAAAUGGCCAUAUAUUGAUUCGAAUUUAAUUGAAGAUCUUGGUGAUCAAAAACGUUAA